UGUGCGUUUCAGUCUGAUGUUCAGUCACUUUGCACAAUUAUUUGUCUUUUUAACACGAUAAUAAUCAUGAAUUAAUGACGUAGUAAGUAAAGUUCUGAUGAGAGUGCGGUGACGUGUUUCGUGUUUGUUGAAUCUGUUGUCACAGGUCCACCAUGGAGGCUCUGACGCAGGCUCUGUCCUCCAGCUUCUCUGUGACCAAAGAACCAAACAGCACAUCUGCACCUCAUCCACGCCUGGCCCAAUACAAGAGCAAAUAUAGUGUCUUAGAGCAGAGCGAACGACGCAGGAGAUUCCUGGAGCUGCAAAAAGAGAAGAGGCUAAACUAUGUGAAUCAUGCGCGUCGACUGGCAGAUGGAGACUGGACAGGAGCCGACAGUGAAGAUGAGGAGGAUGAAGAUAAGAAGAGUCAACAACAGUUGAAUAAAAGCACGGAUGAUGAAGGGAUGGAGAUUGAGCAGAGGAAAAAGCUACCAAGACAUUACGCCAACCAGCUGAUGUUGUCGGAGUGGAUGGUGGAUGUUCCUGCAGAUCUGAGCUCUGAUUGGCUGAUGGUAGUUUGUCCAGUUGGGAAGCGAUCCCUCGUCGUUGCCUCCAAGGGGUCCACGUCAUCCUACACUAAGAGCGGCUACUGUGUCAAUCGAUUCCCCUCUCUUGUUCCUGGUGGGAAUAGGCACAAUUCAGCAUUGGGGAAAGAUUACACAAUUCUAGACUGCAUCUACAGUGAGAUAGACAGAACCUACUACAUCCUGGACGUUAUGUGUUGGAGAGGACAUCCUGUCUAUGACUGCUCUACAGAGUUCAGAUUUUACUGGCUGCAGUCUAAAGUGGAAGAGGCUGAAGAUCUUUCCGAAAUUUCCAAGAUUAAUCCUUUUCGAUUUGUCAGUCUGAACAGCAUCACCUGUUCAACGGAGUCCAUUCAGAAAGCUCUUGCACAUGAAUACAACUUCACCGUGGACGGCCUACUUUUCUACCACAAGGAGACCCACUACACUCCUGGUAGCACUCCGCUGGUUGGCUGGCUCAGACCUUACAUGGUGGCGGAUAUCUUGGGCAUAGAGGUGCCACAGAGCCCUCUUACCUGCAAGCCUGACUAUGCCAGCCACCAACUUCAGCAGAUCCUGGAACAAAAGAAAACAUCCACAGAUGUUCGGCCGGCCGAUCAGAACGGCCGAUAUGAACUGGAACACCUCUCCACGCCAGAGACACAGCUGGAGAAUUCACAACCCUGUCAGAAGGAGAGCAUGGAGGUCUGAGAUUCAGUGAAUGUGAACUGCAUGUUAUAAAGCACUGCUGUAGUGAUUUUGAUGAAGAUCAUUAUUAACCAGUAUAGUCUCAUUUCAAUUUAAAAUACUAUUAGAUCACUAUUCAGUUAUUCAAGCAUCUAAGAGAGGCCUAUUCAUGGGCCAUGUUUAUACAAAGCAACUUUUUCGCGGAUGUUACUUUUGUAAAUGUACAGCUGUUAAGAGUAAGCCUCUCUGUUCAGUGAUGUACCUCUACAUAGAUCUUUAUUGGAUUUUAGAUGUGUAUUUUUAAAUUGAUCUUUUCUGUCACAGAUCAGAUCAUUAAGAUGAAACUGAUUCAUUGAUUUUUAAGUGUCUUACAAUUGCAAUAAAGUUUUACUGUCCAGUUUUUGAUAAUCAA